GGUAUCUAUCAAAUGCUAUCCUGAUUUGGUGCUUUUAAACACAAGUCUCUUUUCACUUAUGUUUUUCCCUUUUCGACAAUUUUGUUUCAAAAACAUCCUGUACUGAGUGCUGGGGUCGAAAGAAGCUUUGUGAUUUCAUUUUGCUUCAGAUACAAAGUAUUCAGUCUGUUCUUUAUAUGCUCAUUUAGGAUGUUUUUCUGACUUGUGGCCUGUGGUAGGGUCUUCACCUGACAUGGAGGGAGUAAGAAAAUGAAUCAGGGUUUUGACUGCAAACGCUUCUUUUCCUUACAAAAUGAUGCGUCUCUAAUUCAAACUUUUCACUGUAAUGUUUUUAACAGGUGGUAAGCUUGUUCGGAACACCUUUUACUUAUAUAGUGCACGUUAUCGGUAUCAUGGGGCUCAUUGAAUCUACUUUAUUACGCGCUGCAAUACGGUUGCCUUAUUUCUACCUACUGGAAGUUCUGUUUGCACUUGUAAGACCUUCUCUUUUGUUAUCUUACCUUACCAGUGGAUGAAUACCACCAUGGCAAGGCUUGCUAACUUUGUCGACCAUUCCUGUACAUCUUGCAUAGAUAUUUGAUUUGUAAAUUCACGGCUACCUCGACUGCAGUUUAUUAUACCUUAAACUCCUAAAUUACAUUUCUCGCUUUUGAUCACAUUAGCCACAGGAUAAAUAUCAUCAAACAUUGCCUGCUUAAUAUCCUUGCUAUUUAUAGCGAAUUACUUUUCUGUACUUUAGUAAAGAUGUCUUGUCUCAGUGACCUUGGAAAUUCGUAACUUUCAAUCUGCGUUCAAUAUAUAUAUAUUAUGGUUUGUUACUAUCCUUUUUUUCUGAAAACUUUUUAAAAAUGUACCUGUUCUUAUUUUGUACGAUGACUCCUUUCCUUCUUAGCAGUGUUUCUAGUUUAGAUCACUUCAAAGAUUUUUUUUUAUUGUAAGUUAUUUGGUGACGCCAAACGUCCGUGAAAGUGGAUGGCGACCCCCAAUUUCGUCUCGCAGUGGUCGGAGCCAGUGCCCACGGUCGCCCCGGCCUCCACGCCGUCUGCCUUGUCGCUGUGGGAUAAACUCGGUCUGCCCGCCCCAGACGCCGUUGCCUCACUGCAUGAAAGCAAACGCGUGGUCUUGCUUGGAAAUACCUUUAGCGGGAAACGGACCCUGAGCGCCCAACUGCGUCGGGCCGCCGAGUUGCACCACGCGCUCGGGGAUGACAGACACGAUCCCGGCAUCCAUGAGGACGCCUUUCUCCCGCUCUAUGUCCCGUCGGCCGCCUCGGACGCGAACAGCUCCCCCGCCAGCGCAGACCAGGGCUUCGGGUCUGGGGGGUCCGGGCCCGGCUUAGCCCCCUCGCCACUUGCCGCGACGGCAGCCCGCGCCCGAGACCGCCUUCCGCACGGUGUGGGUCUCGCGCACGACUAUGUCAUCCAACGCGUGCCGAGUCCCCCUGCACUUUCCCACGAAGGUGGCAGCUCCCCUCACGCGGGGCUCAUCCGGCGCUCGGUCGAGUUUUUUUGCUGCGAUACCGCCGGCGCGCUCUUCGCCGCGCUGCCGACGCUGCAGUCCCUGAAAGAGGCGGUGGUGCUUCUCGUGGUGGAUGUCAGCAGGCCGGGCGACAUCCAAGCUCAGUUGGAUAACAACUACGACGCGCUACACACCCACGUGACGAAGCUCCUGGCGAUGCACUUACCAAACCAAGACGAGGUACGCCGUAUUCAGACAAUUGAGGCUCAGCAACAGUACUGGAUGGGGCAAGAAGAAAGACUGAGACUGUUAAGAGCCGUGCUAGCCUCCAAGGGAUUUGUAAAGGAGGCGCUGGUGAGUCCUAACGUGUGCUUAGACGAAGUGAAUGCUGAGUCCUUACGCGCCCCACCCGAUUCAGUGUGCCCGGUGAGGAGCAUCUUGAUUUGUACCAAAACCGACCGUUUAGAGGGUUUGUCAAAGACUCUCGAAUCCUCCCCGUUGUCCGAGGAGUUGGAGGCCCUUCUUAAUGACGUCGUGCCUCCUUCGCUGCGGGCCGACAUGCAACGCGCUCAACUGCCUUUGCUACCGCUUGUUGCCCAACUUGUGCGACAGCGCGCUAUCGUCCAUUGCAGUGCUUUGAUGGCAGUCAGCAGUCGACUCAGCACCGCCACCACGGAGUGUGGCUUCGGGGCCGAUCUCGCGCAUCCGUAUUAUUGUGGCCUGUGGAACUACAUCCAGGAGCGUCUCAUGGAUAACAGUAUGUCAGCAAUGGACAGUAGCACACCAGGCACGAUCAACACUUUUGUUUCUGAGACUGACCACGCAGUCCAACAAAACGAGCUUGAGUCCCUCUGCACGGCAAACUUCUUCCCUACCGCCUUUCUUCCCUGUGGUCUUGACGCCUUGGGGUUACUCAAUCCUUUUGUAGCUUCACAAGGCGUCGGGUUAUCCUCUUCACAGCAUCUCCGUUCGCGUGCUGGUUUCGACAAAGAUACAGGGGCACAGCUGGAUACGUUCGCACCGGCAGCACCUACAGAAUUUGAGACAUCCCCCCUCCAGAUCACCAACCCAACGACCCUUUUUAAACUUCAUCAGGGCUACCUUCAAGAGGCAAUUGGUGCUUCCAUUUUUUGCCUGAACAACACUCUAGGUUCAAUGUCUUCUCGCUGCAGCGUCACCCAGCUUAGGCUUUCCACUCAGGUUCUUGAUGAAGAGAAUGAAACCGAGGGAGAGGCAUUAAUUUGGGAUUCAGUUUAG